AUGCGUUCUACCUCCAUCAUCCUCCUCGCCACAGCCGCCCUGGCACCCUUCGUGGCCGGCACGGAGCUCAAGAUCGACAGCAAGGACGUGCCGUCAGCCUGCGCGGAGACCUGCUCCGACAUCCAGGAGCUGACCGAGAUGUGCUACAACAAGCGGGACAAGAACAACAGCGACAAGAGCGAGGCGGCCUGCGUGUGCCCCAGCAAGGAGUUCGACGUCGCGUCGGCCGCCAUCGCCUGCCAAAAGUGCUUCGCCGCGCAAAAGGCCAGCAACGACCAGCGCGAGAACAUUGACCGCGUCGUGCGCACCUGCAACUUCUCCGACAGCGGCAACAACAACAACAACAAGACAACGCCGACGCUGCAGCAGUCCAACAACAAGGCCUCGUCGCCCCCGGGUCUGAUGCCCACGCUGCCGCCCGCCCUGGCCUCCAGCUGCAUCCCCGUCACCGUCACCGUCACCGUCAGCAUGGGCGGCAACUACACCGGUCUCAUCAGGCCCACCGUGUCCCCCAGCAAGCCCGGCACCCCCACCCCCACCAGGCCCCCGACCACCCCGACCCCCGCCAGGCCCUCCGGCACCCUCCCUGCUGGAAACGCCACCAGGCCCGGCACCCCCAUCCCCACCGCCGCUGCCUCGUCCGUCAACCCUGGCUUCCAGCUCGCCGCUCUCGCCGCUUUCGUCUACCUGCUUGCCUGA